CUUGUUGCUGACUUGAUAAAAAGAACAAGAAUAUAAUAAUAGUUUAAAUGUAUAUGUGUUCCGAUACACCUUUUUAAAACAUUUUGUAUUGUUUGUGAUAGUAACAAUGCCUAUACUGAAGAAAUUAGUUUCUAAUAAUUUUGCAAAACAUGCUGAUCCUUCACCAACUUCAGAUUUGAUUCCGCCUGUAGAGCAAUCUGUAACUGCCGUACAAACUAGUAUCACAAAUAUGCUUGAAUUUCCCUAUUUGAGGACAAGAACAGCUUACACGAACAAAUUGACACAGAUCCCAACAUCUUCUGACGUAAAGAAAAUUAAAAAACGGCGCAGCAGCGAUACCUCUAGUGAUGAAGAACGCUGGCUGCAUGCCAUAGAAACAGGAAAACUAGAAGAUGUCGAUAACGAAUUAAAGAAAAUUAAGAAUCCAAAAUUAAUGACGGCUCGUCAACGUGCUAUGUAUGAACGAACACAAGAUCAAAAUAAUGGAUUUACUGUAGAGCUUAUUGCACUUCCAAACGGAUAUAAGGAAAAGGAAAAGCCCCAAACGGCGGAGGAAAUCAACAAGGCUGUCCUUAAAUCUCAAAAGCGGAAGCAGCAAGCGGACGAGCGACGGGAAAAGGAUAAGCUAAAAACAAUGGAGCGCUUAUUAAAGAAACAAGAAUCCCAUAAACAGCGCGUUCGUAGUAAACAAUCACUGAAGCCAUCAUAUCCAAAAAUUACAUACAUAAAUAGUAUUGAAAGAAGCAUUAUAUUAGUACCACAAGGCUUCGAGUUUCCACUGAAAGCACAAUUACCCCGGACUACGCCUUCUGCAGAGUUGUGCUGUAUUAGCGGUUGUGGAAAUCGCAAGGCAUAUAAUUGUUCCAUAACAAAGAAUCCGCUAUGUAGUCUUGCGUGUUAUAAAAAGAACCGGCAAUAUUAGAAAAAUAAAAAUAAGUAAGCUGUACUUAAAAAAGUAUCGAAAAUAAAGUUUAUAAUGAAUUUAA